UGCUUAGUAAAACCAGCAAUAGAGUAUUAUAAAAAUGUUGACGACUACUGUUAAUAUUGAAAAACAAAAAAUAAAAAUAAUUAUUCUAUUACGUAUACUGCUCAAAUUUUUGUUGUCCGCGCUCACCAACACGGCCCCAAAAUGCCUUACAACGCAUAUCUCCAGAUCACAGAAGAGAAGUACAACCUCAUAUGCAACAGGUUCAAAGAGUAUAUGGCUCAUAUUGAUGAUCUUAACAUCGAACCGAUUAAAAUUUUUGAUCCAUUAUCACCAAAACAAAAUGAAGAGCUAGAGCUCAUAAGGGAAGUCAGCAAAGACCUGCAGAAAAAGAAGGAAGAGGACGUGAAAAAGGCAGCGGAGGCAGCAGCAGAAGCCGAGAAAGCUGCCAAGGAAAAUAAAGUCACUGAAAAAGAUGACUCGGAAAAUACUGAAGAGAACGUCACAAAAGAUGACAAGAAGCAAGAAUAAUAAGUCCUUUAAAUUCAUUUGUAGAACAUUAUGUAAAGUUAUGUAAAUAAAAAUAUAUUUUGACAA